UGGAAUAUUUUUCUUUCUUUUUUUUCUUUUUCUUUUUCUGAAAUAGAAUAUCCUUUUUACCCCUGCGAGUGGCGUGCGACUUGCCAAAUAAUGAAAUCAAAAGCCAGUGGCAACGACACUUGGUGUUGGGGAGGGAAGCUUCUCACAACUUUUAUAAUAGGUUGCACAUUUUGUUGGCACUGUCGAAAUCGAUGUUGAAAUUUUUAUCUAUGAUGAUCGAUUUUAUUUAUUUAUUUAUUUUGUCUUAAAAAUCUGGUAGACGAUCGAAAAUGAAUAUGCUUUAGUUUCGGCUAUCGAGUUGAUGAAAAUAUGGACUAUGUGCCAUUGUUCUUGAUAAUCUGUCAUUUUUCUAUCCUUUGAUGAAAAUGAAUAUGCCGUUUGGUUGCUAAGAAAAUUGUUUUUUUCGUUCAUAUGGAUUUGGUUCUGUUUAUCAUUUUGUUUGCUUUUACUUUUUUCUUCACAAAUCCUCUGCUUGUUCGGUCGCGUUUCUUUUACGCCCGAUUGUUUGUCUUUUCUCUUUUUUUUUUUUUUUGUUUUUUUGUUUUUUUCCUUGACAAUCUGGUUAGAUGAUCGAACAGGAUUUUGCUUUACUUUCUUCAAGGCUAUUCAUUUGAUAAAAAUAUAGACUUUGUGCCAUUGAUACGUUCUUCUUUUUAUUUUUAUCCAACAAACAACUUAAUGAUAGAGUCGGUACGAUUGGUUAUUGUUAAGGAUGAAAGAUUGAAAUUUUAAUUUUUCAGAUAUUUUUAUAAUCUGGAUUACAAAAUGGUAAGUAGUCCAUUCUCGCUUCCUUGGGAAACAGGAUAGUAAAAUAUAAAAUGAAUAUAACACCAGAAAAAAGAAAUUUAAAAAAAAAAUGUAAAUGAAUCUCCUGUCACAAUAAAUCAGUCUUCUUGGCAAUCAGACAGAGCUCAAAGGAGCAUUGUGGUACUUGGGGCUGAUUUAUAAGCAUGUUCUAUUGUGGAUCAAAAAAUUGAUUUCGUGGAUUGAUAUGGCACGCUGGAGGGUGUCUUAAAUUAAUUUUUCCAUCCCAAUCUUGGUUUUCCUUAAUGAGUUGAUAAAUCAGUUUAAAUGGCUUCAUCUGCUCUGAUCUGUGACACUGAGCCUUGGAAGGACUUGAAGGCCCAUGUUGAGAACAUUAAAAAGAACCAUUUACGUGAUUUGAUGGAUGAUGUUGUGCGCUCCCAAGCUAUGAUGGUUGAAUAUGAUGGGAUUCUGUUGGACUACUCACGGCAGCAGGCAACACUUGAAACCAUUGGAAAGCUCUUUAAAUUAGCAGAGGCAGCAAAUCUCAAACAAAAGAUUAACCUCAUGUUUAGUGGAGAGCAUAUAAACAGCACUGAGAAUAGAGCAGUACUUCAUGUAGCUCUUCGUGCUCCGAGGGACAAAGUUAUUCAGAGUGAUGGAAAGAAUGUGGUCUCAGAUGUCUGGUCGGUUCUGGACAAGAUCAAGGAGUUCUCAGAGAGGGUCCGCAGUGGUUCGUGGGUUGGAGCCACGGGAAAAGCACUGAAGGAUGUUGUGGCUGUAGGAAUUGGUGGCAGUUUCUUAGGUCCUCUGUUUGUGCACACUGCUCUUCAAACAGAUCCAGAGGCUAUUGAAUCAGCAAGAGGACGCCAACUCCGUUUUCUUGCUAAUGUUGAUCCCAUUGAUGUUGCUAGAAAUAUCACUGGGUUAAACCCUGAAACUACCCUUGUUGUGGUAGUUUCAAAGACUUUUACAACAGCUGAAACCAUGUUGAAUGCUCGGACCCUUAGGGAAUGGAUUUCAGCUACUCUUGGGCCUUCAGCAGUAGCAAAGCAUAUGGUUGCAGUCAGCACUAAUCUUGCGCUUGUAGAAAAGUUUGGUAUUGAUCCUAAUAAUGCUUUUGCAUUCUGGGACUGGGUUGGUGGCCGAUAUAGCGUUUGCAGUGCUGUUGGAGUUUUGCCUUUGUCUCUCCAGUAUGGUUUCUCGGUUGUUGAGAAGUUCUUAAAAGGAGCUUCAAGCAUUGAUCAACAUUUCAACUCGGCACCAUAUGAGAAAAAUAUACCUGUGCUUUUAGGCUUGUUAAGCGUAUGGAAUGUUUCAUUUCAUGGUUAUCCUGCAAGAGCCAUCCUACCUUACUCCCAAGCACUGGAGAAGUUUGCGCCACACAUUCAACAGGUUAGCAUGGAAAGUAAUGGAAAAGGUGUAUCAAUUGAUGGAACUCCACUUCCCUAUGAGACUGGUGAAAUUGACUUUGGGGAGCCUGGAACAAAUGGUCAGCACAGCUUUUACCAAUUAAUUCACCAGGGACGCAUUAUUCCUUGUGAUUUUAUUGGCAUCGUGAAGAGUCAGCAGCCUGUUUAUCUGAAAGGUGAAGUGGUCAGUAACCAUGAUGAGCUCAUGUCUAACUUUUUUGCACAGCCAGAUGCCCUUGCAUAUGGGAAGACAGCAGAACAGUUGCAAAAGGAGAAUGUACAGCAGCAUCUUAUUCCUCACAAGACAUUUUCUGGAAAUCGACCUUCACUCAGCAUUUUGCUUCCAUCUUUGAAUGCUUACAAUAUUGGACAGCUGUUGGCAAUCUAUGAACACAGGAUUGCUGUGGAAGGUUUCAUAUGGGGCAUUAAUUCUUUUGACCAGUGGGGAGUUGAAUUAGGAAAGUCACUAGCUAAUCAAGUUAGAAAGCAACUUCAUGCAUCUCGUACCAAAGGAGAACCUGUUGAGGGCUUUAACUUCAGUACCAAAAUGUUGUUAACAAAAUACCUACAGGCAAGUUCAGAUGUUCCUUCUGAUCCUCCAACCCUUCUACCCAGGAUAUAGUUUCCAUCGUAUGGAAAUUUAUGCCUUCCGGACUUUUCGUUUUGACGGUCAUGGUGUUAUAACCUCACAACAAUCCCACUCUGUGGACUCCACGCCCUUAAAUUGGCUGAACAUGUUCUGGUUAUGCUUGCAAUUUUCCUUAUGUUAAUGCAUAUAUUUUUGACACCUUGCUACUUGAAUAUGGAAUGCUUCGUUUAAAUUCA